AUGGCAGCUACAUCAUACAUGAGCAGCUCGCUCUACACACGGAGCAGGAGCAGGGUCGCCGCCAGCCGGAUACGAACAUACAAUUGGCCGCCGAUCCAGCUCAACUUCUGGAUCUUUGUUAUGCUGCUUGCCUCGACCGCCAUUCUGGGUGUUUUCUCGGCUUUUGUUCAGACACAGCACCAGCUGUUGUUACCGAUACCAUGGUACUUCCCCUAUUUCAUGACCGUCAGCUGUCUCUCGAUCAUCUUCAUCGCCGGCCUGUUCUGGCUGAUUGCCGAGCGUCGACUCCUACCCGCGAUCGUGAUGAUAGGCGCCUUCAUCCUGUUUGUACUAUGGCUCACGGGGCUCAUCAUUAUCUCGAUUGAGUUAUUUGGGCCGACGGGGUCUAUAUCCAGCACCUGCAAUAACCAGGUGUUCAGCCACAACCCCAAGGGCCAGACGAUGGAGGUGCUGGCAUACUUGCAACAAAAGAAUAUUUGCGAAUCCUGGCGACUCGUCUUUGCGAUGGGCCUGAUAGGCACCGUUUUUCUCUUGUGGAUCAUGAUCAUGGCCUACCAGGUCUUUGUCAAUUCUUGA